GCAUUUCCUUAUGAGGACCAUGUACCCUCCCGUCUCGGCACUACUGUCUAUGGCUACUCCCUGCGUCGAGCGACAUACAUUGUGACAUCAAGAGCGCUGUCGCUGCUCAGAGCUGUCAAUGGCGUACCCGAGACUAACAAGGUCGUGUCGAUAUUUGCACUAAACACCAUAGACGUCCCGACCGUGACUUGGGCGACGCACCGUGUUGGUGGAGUUUGCAGCCCAAUCAAUGCGAGCUACACCUCUACCGAGGGUGCAGGGCUACUAAAGAAGGCCAACGCAAAGGCAAUCUUCACGGUACAGCCCUUACUAGAGAUUGCCGCAAAGGCUGCCGAGAUUGCUGGUAUCCGGCCUCGAAAUGAGCGGCGACGGACCAUUACCGGAAAAUUAUCUUGCGCUUGA